AUGGUUUCAUCUCCUCCCCCUUCGGGCAUCUACGUCNNCCCGUAUGUUCUGAUCUUUAACCCCGCCAAUCGAGGCUUCAUGACAUUGACCGGCUUGCAGGUGCCCACCUUCUUCGCUUCUCAGUCGGCAUCCAACUACGAUCCUGUCAACAACCCUCUAGAUCUCGAGACUCAAACCAAGCACUCUCUUUUCCUUGUCAAGGGUGGAGUCCGUGGUCUCGUCAUUCUUGGAUCAACUGGCGAAGCUAUCCACCUUACCAACAAGGAGCGCAACGAGCUCAUCAGCAGCCAGCGCAAGGAGCUUGACAAUGCUGGCUUCAAGGACAGACCUAUCAUCGCCGGUACUGCCACACAAAACGUCGAGGAGACUCUGAUCCAGCUCGAGGAUGCAAAGAAGGCUGGUGCCGAGUACGGUAUGGUACUCACACCGGGUUACUUCGCUUCGGCCGCUAGCCAGCAGGGCAUUGCCAAGUGGUUCGAAGCAGUAGCCGACAAGAGUCCCAUCCCCAUCAUGAUGUACCACGCCAACAUUGUGGGCUGCAAGCUAUCGCACGGCGACAUCCCCGACCACACUUUGAUCGCUUCGUCGCCAAAGAUCGACCCUUCGCACUUCAAGGUCUUCUCAGGUCUGGGCCAAAACCUCCUGCCCGUCCUUACAAUUGGUGGUCAGGGUGCCAUCGAUGGACUUGCAGGCAUCUUCCCUCGCGUUGUGGUCAAGCUCUUCAACAUGUUCCAAGAAGGCGCAGACAACAAGAAGCUGCGUGAACUUCAAUUCAAGAUCUGCGAGGGUGAGAGGUUGAUUGGUAAGUGGGGCACUGUUGGUAUCAAGGAAGCGAUUGCAAGAUGCUGGGGCUUUGGUGACAAGGAGGGAGCACGACUACCGCUACAGGGUGGUUUCCAGGGUGGUGAGCAAGAGUGGAGCAACUGGAGUGGUGUGUUUGAGGGACUGAAGCAGCUGGAGCAGGAGAUUGAAAAGAGUGGUUAG